GCUCGCUCAGUGUUAAAGAGGCGUCGGUGGAGGACGCAGUGGUGACGACGAACUCUUCGACAAGUGAGAAGAAACGAGCGCACGAGGGUGGUGCGGUUUAUAAAGAAGGGGGUGCGAAGCGUGACAGGAGGAACGAAGCGCACACCGACGCCCGAACGAUCUUCUACGAACGAACGAUCAACUGAGAUAUCAUUUAUUCUUCAUUAUUUAUUUCCGCUUUUCCAGUCCCACUUCCAGUUAACCCUUUCCCCAUUCCCUUCCUCGACUUCCCGUACGCAUUAUCUCUCACCGUCAUAUUUUCGACGACGAACAAACGAACAUUGAACGAAUAACCGAUCCCUCGAGCUAUGGCAGCCACCGCCAUGGACCCAGUUGACAUUGCGAAUAUACUUGCGCAGGAAUUGCUUUAUCAGCAGCUGGUAUCUCUGGACGGAUUACAUAGCGGAGUGCCGACCAGGACGACGCCGACGCUGACGCCGACCACCCUCCGCAGCAUCGAGCAAACGUUCCUGGAGCUAACAAGCGAGUCAGCGUCGCACAGUCGUGAAGCCGGCUUUGUGCCGCCGUUGGUCGAACCGUCACAGCCGACCCCAGCACAGACGCAAAACACAACGGCGGUACAUCUUCCGGCGCCGACGACCACUCUUAUCGAGACCCAGCAGCAAACACAACCGCAGCAGCAACAGCAACCAGUUAGACGCAAUAUGGGUGGCAGGCGGCCCACCAGAACGAUCGGGAUGACCCCCGAGGAAGAGCAGAGGCGACAGAUUCGGCGCGAAAGGAACAAGAUGGCAGCGGCGAGAUGCCGCAAGCGAAGAAUGGAUCACACCAAUGCCCUACUCGAAGAGACCGAGGGUUUGGAAAAAAAGAAGCAAAACUUGCAGGAUGAGAUUGAACAGCUGAAGCAGGUCAAAGAUGAACUGGAAUUUAUUUUGGACGCCCACAGAGCAGUCUGUCGCCGUUCGCUACGCCCCUCGUCGCCGCUGGAUAUAAAACCCGUGAUAAAGACCGAUCUUUCGGUCGAGGAUCAAUUUGCCGCCGAAUCUGUGAAAGGCGACACGACGGUAGCCGCGGCGAGACCGAAUAGACCUAAUUCAUUACCAGUCGGAUUGGACAACAAUAACAGAUUGAAUUCCCUGACAAUGUUCGUGGAGCCAAAAGAGAGACCAGACACGCUUGCUUUCAAAACGGUAGAAACACCAUCCUUCAUGAAGUCAUCGAUGGAUGUAGCCGGUAUGCCGAUUACCACUCCAACCAGCGGCAUACCGUUUAAUUUUGAGUCCCUAAUGGAAGGUGGUACUGGUCUCACACCGGUCUCGACGCCCCUGAUACCGUCGUGCUCGACGCAACAGAGAAGCAAUUUGUCCGCCGUGGAUCUCAGCUCCCCAGAUGCGAAUCCUCCAAAGCUUGUAAGCUUGUGACGCCACGACGACAUGGUGGAGCACGGGUCCAACGAAGAGAAUGAUCCCGAAUAAAAACGGGAGUACCAUGACGCGAAGGAUUUCUACAAGGGGGAGCAGAAGUAUUAUGCGCGUGCUCUUUCAACGAAAUUUUUGAUCACUCUUAAAAAUUCUUUCACGCGAUUUUGCUUAUAAAAUAGCUAACGCUUUUUCUUUUCAAUUGUAUCUUUCUUUCAAAAUUUCUACGUGCACUGCGAGCACGUAUCUAGAAAAGAUUUGUGUAUUCAGAUUUUAAUAGUCUGCGAAUAGAUAUUUGACUCAGUAUUUUUCUAUUCGUAGAUGAAUGUCAAUUUGUCAAUCUGAAAUUUUUAAUUGUAACUUUGUAUAUAUAUGAAAUAUUUCCCUCUUCAUAGAAGAGGGAAAUGAAUCUUGUCAAUUGAAAUUUUGAAUUGUCACUUUGUAUGAUGAAAUAAUCUUUUUUUGUUGUUGUAAAUAUAAAAUUGUGAAAGAUGAAAGAGAAACAUGUAUGAAGAGAAAAAAACGAUAGCUAUUUGCGCCUUAAAGGAAAUUGUCGCAGAUAUGAGCAAUAAUGUCUGCAUACAAGUGAUACAAGUAUAUUUAACGUUUAAAAUAACGAAUUAGAAAUAAUGAAUGUAAGAUUUGUCGUUUUGUAAGCGAUUCAAUGAGACAAGUGAAAUUUUAUACUAUAAUUCUAUUGUGAAAAUAAAAAUUUAAAAUAUAAGACAAAGCAAGAUUUUAGCUCAAACUUUUAAGUACAUUAAGAGCCUUAAGAGCUCUUUGAAUUGCGCUUAAGAUAGAGCAACAGUUUGCAUAAUUUAAAUGUAUAUUUAAUAUUAUAGGGCGGAUGAAUAAAAAUUACACGAAUGCGGGAAUUCCUAAAUUUUCUUCAAUAUUUUUUCGCGACAUUAAAAAGCAAAUCUCGCUUUUGUGUUAUCCGCGUUAGCAUAAAUUUUUAUACGCGGCUGUCGUUUUUCCAGUCUUACACGACAUUAUAACAUUUAAUCCCUCCAUACAAUAUAAUAUAUACAUAUAUUUUACGACGUAUGACAUUUUUGCAUGAUCUUAAGCAAUAUUAAUAUAUUUAUGCGCGACUACUAGUUAUGAUGCAUGAAUAAAAACUGUAAUGAUGAUUUUCUGAUAGCCAACUAGCGAUUUUUCUGCUCCGAUUGAUUAUAAAAAGCUUUCUGUAUCAUAUUUAGUAGUCGCUAUUGAGAAUUGUAUAUGGAGAUUGUAACGCACCAAUGAUAAUGUUGCAAUAUAUUUUGAUUAGAUUGAGUCAAUAAAAUGAAGUGAAAUUGUA